ACUCAUGUUUAAUCAGUUGCAAUCAAGCAGUUCGUGAAAGCGUUCCGCAUUCUCCUAUUCCGGGAAUCGUGCUGUUCAAAAUGCUUUUACUGACGUUCAUUGUCUUGGCAAGCUUUGUCGCGGCAGCUCUGGUAGUAUACCUACGUUGGCAUUUCAAUUAUUGGCGUAAGCGUGGUGUGUGUGGUCCACAACCGGAUUUGCUCGUCGGCACGUUUCCGAGGACCAGCGCCGGACAGUGCAAUUUACUGGAGGAGUUACACGAGAUUUAUCUUCGUUACAGGGUCUCACAAAAGUUUGUGGGCAUAUUUACCGCACGCGCGCCCAAACUUUUUAUAUGCGACCCACAGUUGGCUCUGCAAAUUCUGACGCAACAUUUUAAAAGUUUUCGCGAUAACGAAUCUUCCCAAUGGACGAACGCAAGCGUGGAGCAGCUGCGACUCUGCAGUCCUUUCGUUUCCACCGGGGAGGAGUGGAAAGCCCGACGUUCGGAAUUAGUGCCAGCGUUGACCAUUAAUAAGAUUCGCUCCUUUUAUUCAGCAAUGCGUGACUGUGCAGAGAAAGCCUCCGAGUUCCUCACAGCCGUGGAUGAGCAGCCUCAAGAUGCCAAAGAGCUGGCCAAUCGCUUCACAGCCCAGUUCAUGUCCAACUUCAUAUGGGGCAUCGAAGGCAACGCCUUCAAUGUGCCGCAGAAAGCGAGUGCACCCUCGCUCUCACCCGUGCAUUGCAUGGCGAGAGAUAUUAUUUUGCAAUCGCUGCAAUGUAUACGUUAUUAUGGACGCACCGCUGCUUGGCCUUGGCUGCGUAAAUUACGGCCCGUGCGUUUCUUUCCCGUCGCCGCGGAUCGUUUCUUUCAACAGCUACUCGCGGACGCUUUGAAUGUGCGCGCCAAGCAGCAGACAGGCGAGGGUGGCGGUGGGCGCGGUGAUGUGAUCGAUCACCUGCAGCAGCUCAGGGAGAAAAAAUCCUUAAAUGCCAUACAAAUUGCCGGACAUACAACAACAGUUUUGAUUGAUGGCUAUGAAACGGGAGCGAUGCUGAUUGCGCAUUGCCUGUUGCUGCUUGCGCGCAAUCCACGCGUUCAACGGAAGCUCAGAGAGGAACUGCUCACUGCCGACGUCGCUAACAGUUUCGAUGCGCUAAAUGAAUUGCCCUAUCUCGAACAGUGUCUACAAGAAACUCUGCGCCUUUUUCCACCGCUGCCGACGCUUUUCAAACUCUGCACUGAGUCAGUCACUUUGAAAAAUUUUGACGAAUCUACGCUGACUCUGCACCCUGGUGAUAGCGUCUAUAUUUCAACUUACUCUUUUCAUCGUGACGCCGAGUACUUUGAAAACCCCGAGGACUUUUGGCCUGAGCGCUUUGCAGAGGAGAUGGGCGGUGUUCGCAAAUAUCGGGAGAUGGGUGUUUUCAUGCCAUUUGGUGAUGGACCGCGUAUGUGUCCAGGCAUGAAGUUGGGUUUGUCUGAGGCCAAGGUCGCUGUAUCUGAGCUGAUAAGUAAAUUCGAGGUUAGCGCUAGCGAUGAGACCCGCACCGAUAACAAAAUCGCAAAUGACUCAUUUCUGUUAACGAUCGACGGGAAAAUCGAACUUGUGUUCCACCGCAGGCCAUGAUUUUCGGCUGUUUGUGGAAGCUUACGUUUUGUCUCAAGUCUGUCUAACAAUGCAACCCGUUAUGUGAUUACUCUGCUGUUAUAUUUUUUAAAAAGAAAGUUGUAAGUUCUUUCUUGUAGCGAAUUCAAUUUCUACUUCGUAAUUACAAUCGUAAAUAAAUAUUUGUUAAAUAUUGUUUUGUCCAAAGGGUAA